UGUUUGAAGGUUACAGCCAUGUUUUGGACUACACUUUUUUCUUCAACAGGAUAUGGUGUUGUGUGAUGUCCCACUGAGUGUGAUAAGCAGUUACCUUCUUUGCGAUAUGAACUCACAAGUACCCAUCCCACAGCCUUCCUACUCUGUGGCCAAGGAGAACCUAAUCAAGGCUGUGCCAGCUCACCUCAUCUGCAGCCUAGUCUGUGGAGGAAAAGAGUGUCGCUAUGAAGGACCAGUGGCAUGGGCACCAGAGCAGCAGGCGGUGCGAGGCCUGUACUCAUCAUGGGUGACAGAAGACAUUCUUGCUAUGGCACGUCCAUCUAGUACCCUUAUCAAAAAAUAUCAGAUUCUACAGCAGUUUAUACAGUUAAAUAUAAAGUCAGUAAUAAAUUUACAAAUCCCAGGGGAGCAUGCUAACUGUGGCGAUCCUCUUGAAAAGGAGAGUGGCUUUUCCUAUUUACCAGAGACCUUCAUGGAUCAUGGAAUUUACUUCUUUAACUUUGGAAUGCCAGACUUCGGAGUGGCCUCUUUAAUUCGAAUGCUAGAUGGGGUAAAAAUAAUGGCUUUUGCUCUACAAGAAGGAAAGGUAGCAAUUCACUGCCAUGCUGGACUAGGAAGAACAGGAGUCCUUAUUGCCUGUUAUUUGUUGUACGCAACACGAGUACAGCCUAAUGAAGCCAUUCAAUUUGUCCGGAUUAAGCGACCCUCCUCCAUCCAGACAAGAGCGCAGAUAAACCUAGUUUAUGACUUUGCUCAGUUCCUGGCAUCUCAUAGGGUUGUCUAUGCCAAUAGUCUCACUGGAUCCUAUACUCUGUCCCAGUUCCUCAUUCGUCAACAGCAGAUGCUACAUGGAUAUGAGGCACGGAGCCUUAAGAACAUUCCCAAGAUUGUUUAUGUUGUCUGUAAGAGGCUAUCACACAUUGCACUGAGUAAAAAGUACAGUAACUUGAGUGAGCUAGAACAACAGAGAGAAGCUACAAGUCAAGCCCUUACUGAACUCAUCCAACAGACAUUAGAAUCUUACACCUUCACCUCUCAUGGAGACUCUGAUGAAGAAGGUGCAAUUACAAGUCCCAAGCUAGUGACAGAUCCUGACAACGCACUUUACCCAGAUAUACAAAAGGACCUUAAAAGCUCCUUUAAUGUGCUGCCUUCACUGCUAAGCAGUGCAAUUCCUACAGUAGAUGUUUUUUUGUUUAGAAGAAGAAAAAUUAUCAAACUCAGGCGGACAUACAGUGACUCGGACAUUCCUUACAUAUUUGCCAGGCAGCAAAUACAGUUACAGUUCCAGAGUGCAAAAAUGACUGAAAAGGAUGGAGGUCUUUCAUUGCAGAACAAAAAGGCAUCUGUUUCACCAAGUAGUCCUCAUCAGAGUUCAUCAAAGUCUUCUCCCAAGCUUAUGACAGCAGCACAACAAAGUGGAGAAAACAAAAAGCCAAAAUAUGACACAAAAUCUACAACAAAAACUGAUGCAGAAGGGACUAGUUGUGCAGCUGUAGAAAAGAAGUCAGAAAUAGCUUCCAUUAGUAAGGUCUCUAAUCUCCUGAGUGUGCUGCCAAUGAAAGAAAUAUCAGCACAGAAUGAAUCAGCAUCCCAGAUGCAGCAGGUAGCUAUGGCAAUGGCAGACAGGGACCCACUGGAUACUGCACUGUUACAAAAAAUCAGGCAGCUACAGGCACAGCUGAAUGUAAAGGAAGGUGGCUGGGCCAAGCUUGCUAUGGAAUGCAAUGCUAUGAUCCUCAGCGGACUCUUGUGGAACUGGCUAGAACAUCUGAAGGAGCCAGUAUUGACAUUUGAUGAUGUAAUAGCACUGUCCAGAUCACAGGAAGGUCAACAGACACUUGCAUUACUUCAGAAGCACCAGCAAGAGCCCAUUGUCUGUAUCCUAGACUGCAUUAGCAAAUUACGAGGGCUGAAUGCGGAUCUUGAAGGAGCUAUAAUAUACAGGCUUAUCAGUGCCCUGACUCAGUGUGAUGCACAAGAGGUAACGAAAUUCCCAGAGCUAUUCAAAUACUUCAGGAAAAUUGUAAGAGAAAAACGUUCACAAGCCUUGCUGAAGAGGGGAAUAGCAAAGACCACAACUUUCAUGAAGAUAUCUUCUAGCAUGAUGAAGAAAUAAACUAUUCUCUGCUGAUGAGUUUGUCACCUCUCUGCAUAUCACCAGCAUGACAGCAUCAGUUUAUCUUACUCAUUUCCUGUUCAAGCACCUCUUACCAUUUCCCAAUGUCUACACCAAAAUGACUAGCAAUGUUCUGAUCUGAACAUAUGGAUUUAGUAUGAGCUGUUAACAGCAUCAGUGGUUGUUCUGAGAUACAUUUUUGUUGUGUGAUAAAGUCAAACGUUCACAAAACAUAUCAGAGAAGAGUAACUGGGUGUCUACAGAACUCUUUUACUGAAUGACAUUUCAGCUACAUUAUUUACCACCACGAAUCUUUGAAAGAAAUGCAUCCUUUUGGCUAUGUUUAAUGAAAACUAUUGCACACAUAAGGCCUCAAUUUUCUUUCCAUGGAAACACUUCACUCUAAACAUUCCACAAAAGUAUAAUUUAAAUUCCUUUGUUUUAAAAUAAAUAUUUAUUUAACUACUUCUGCUGUCAUUAACUUUUAGGGUUAUUAUGACUAUUUCCAUAUUUCUUUCUCUCUCCUUCGUAUUACUCAACCUUCAUGUUACUAGUGUAUGGAUUUGUUUUCUUUAACGUACAAUGGGGUCUAUCAAUAACUGUUAGAACAUCUCAGAUCAGAAGAGAUAUAAGAAAGAAUUACUUAAUGGAAUAAGCAGUGCAGUUGCAGAAUUGUUUGUUGUAGUGUGUAGUGGAAUGAUUGCCUACAUAAAAAACAGGCAUGGUGCAGCUAUCAUUUUUGGCAGUAGUUGCAUCUUACGUGGACUACAUUAGCUUAUGGACCACUUUAUUUGUAAAAUUAUUUAUAACAUAUUAAAUGUGAAUAAAUUAG